AAGCCCUGACCGCCGUUCUCCGUCCUCCUCUGGGUACCAACUCUAUCGCGCCGCGCACUGCCGCGCAUUUAACCUAGGCGAGGAGGAGGAGGAGGAGAAAAUUCCCCCAGAUUCGGGCAGGCCCCGCACCCCACAUCUCAUCCUGUUUGGAGAGGAGGAGGGAAGAGAAAUAAACGUGGCAGCGCAUAUAAGGCCAGCGGGGAGGUUGGGAAAGGGUGAUCUGAGGGGCAUGCAAUUUGGAAACAAUCUGGAUCAUCAAUCCCACCCUCACUUUGCGGACAUCUUCCCCUACCAUCGCCUCCGCCCCCUCCCCUCCCCCGACCCACCCGCUGUGCUUUGAGGGAGCUGGGAAAUAGAUGUGUCAGCCUCUGUUGGAGAGAUGGCGGGUUUGGUGCUGUCUGGGCUUCACAGGAGGGGGGACCCCGAGAGAAUCUGGUAUUAAACCGCCGUGCUAACUCCCAGACUGCUUUCCAGACACCUCCGGCCCACACAACAGUUCACUCGCGUCUUUUCAGUCCUGGAAAAGGAGUUCGGGCUCUCUGUCUCCAGCGUCUGCAGUCUAUAUUUCUGCCCUUCAGUCUGUCCUUAGGAUGAAGCUCUAACUGAACCGAAGGAAGGAGAAACAGCUCCGAAUCCUUAGAGGUUUGUCUGCCUUUGGGGCCCUAUACAACCACAGGAAAAGAGCAAACGAGUCUUGAUCCCAGCAGAUUGGUCCUGCUCAGCUUGCAGCCUCUCGCAGAAUUUGCAAGCCUGAGCUGAAGAGCUUUGUCCAGACGUACACACAUCCACUUGGGCAAGCCAGUUCUGCAUCCUGGAUCACAAAAUCACCGCAGCUGUGCCAUGAGCCGUGUUCGGGAUGCUGGCUGCGUAGCGGCGGGGAUAGUGAUCGGAGCUGGUGCCUGGUACUGCGUCUACAAAUACACUAGGGGAAGAGACCACAUGAAAAAGAGAAUGGUCAAGCCCAAGAACCGGGGUGUGGCUGGGACUGGAGCCAGGGCUAGAGCUGGGCUAAGGGCCGGAUUCACAAUUGACCUUGGGCCAGGAUUCAGUCCCCCAACCCCAGUCGGCGCUGGGGCAGAGGACAGAGCCCAGGAUGAAGCCUCUCUUCCGGAGGCAGCUGGAACUGAGGCAGUGGCCCCAGCUGCAUCCAGCGCUGAGGUUCAGAGUGGGGCAGGAAGUCAGGCCCCAGAGGCAGAUGGGGCCGGGAUUGGGCCUAAGACCGAGUCAGUGGUUGGGGCUGCAGUGACUUCUGCAAUAGCACCACCUCCCAGGGUGGCAGAGGCUCCCACAGCUUCAGGGACCCCUGCAAUGACAGGGACUCCCAAAGUGGCAGAAGCCCCCAGCACAGCAGAGACUCCCGGGGCAGUGGCACCUCCCAAGGCAGUGGCGCCUCCCAGGGCAGUGGCGCCUCCCAAGGCAGUGGCACCUCCAGGGGCAGUGGCGCCUCCCAAGGCAGUAGCGCCUCCUGGGACAGUGGUACCUGUUGGGACAGUAGCCCCUACUGAGGUAGCAGCACCCAUUGAAGCAGCCGAGGCCCCCAAGGUGGCAGCGCCUACAAAGGUGGCAGCACCUACAAGGGUGGCAGCGCCUACAAAGGUGGCAGCGCCUACAAAGGUGGCAGCGCCUACAAAGGUGGCAGCGCCUACCGAAGUGGCAAAGGCUCCAGGAGUGGCAGUGCCUCCCGAAGCAGCUGAAGCUCCUGUGCCCACAAUGCCUACUGGGGCAGCAGCACCUACUGGGGCUGCAGAGGUUCCUGGGACUUCAGGGUCCCUUAGAACAGCGGCAGUUCCUGGAACAGCUACUGCCAAGAAAGCAACCCCUGGGGCUCACACUGGGGCUAUACCUAAGGCCGGGUCAGCAACUGGAGCUGUACCCAAAGGUGGAGCCAAAGGUGGAUCCAGGUCCCGGAAUGGGGGCAAGGGCAAAGGCAAGAAAAACAAGGUUGAAGUAGAUGAAUUGGGAAUGGGCUUCCGCCCUGGAGAUGGGGCUGCAGCAGCUGCUGCAGCCUCUGCUAAUGGGGGACAAGCUUUCCUGGUGGAGGUCCCUGACUCUGAGGAAGGGGAGUCUGGAUGGACUGACACAGAGUCGGAUUCAGACUCUGAGCCUGAGACCCAGCGCAGAGGCAGGGGGAAAAGACCUGUUUCCAUGCAGAGGCGCCCAUUUCCCUAUGAAAUUGAUGAGAUUCUAGGUGUCCGAGAUCUCAGGAAAGUCCUUGCCUUGCUUCAGAAAUCGGAUGAUCCUUUCAUCCAACAGGUAGCUUUGCUCACCCUGAGCAACAAUGCCAAUUAUUCAUGCAACCAGGAGACAAUUCGCAAAUUGGGAGGCCUCCCAAUUAUUGCAAACAUGAUCAACAAAACUGAUCCUCACAUUAAGGAAAAAGCCUUAAUGGCCAUGAAUAACCUGAGUGAGAAUUAUGAAAAUCAGGGCCGGCUUCAGGUAUACAUGAAUAAAGUGAUGGAUGAUAUCAUGGCCUCUAACCUGAACUCAGCAGUACAGGUAGUUGGACUAAAAUUUUUAACAAACAUGACUAUUACUAAUGACUACCAGCAUCUGCUUGUCAAUUCCAUUGCAAACUUUUUCCGUUUGCUAUCUCAGGGAGGUGGAAAAAUCAAGGUUGAGAUUUUGAAAAUACUUUCGAAUUUUGCUGAAAAUCCAGAUAUGCUCAAAAAACUUCUCAGUACCCAAGUGCCAGCAUCGUUUAGUUCCCUCUAUAAUUCUUAUGUGGAAUCAGAAAUUCUUAUUAAUGCUCUCACUUUGUUUGAGAUCAUCUAUGACAAUCUCAGAGCAGAAGUCUACAACUACAGAGAAUUUAAUAAAGGUUCCCUGUUUUACUUAUGCACUGCAUCUGGAGUGUGCGUUAAGAAAAUUCGAGCCUUAGCAAAUCACCAUGACCUCUUGGUGAAAGUGAAAGUUAUAAAACUAGUGAACAAAUUCUGAUUUGGCUAUGUGUUCUCAAAAAGACUUGAAGAAAUUUCUUGGUUUUUGCAGUCUGGAAGCAUUGAAAAUUGAAAGUUACUGCUUUUCCACUUGUUCAUAUAGUAAAGGGAUCCUUUGAGCUGCCAGUUUUGAAUAAUGUAUCAUCCAGAGUGAUGUUAUCUGUGACAGUCACCUGCUUUAAGCUGAACCAUUUUAUGAAUACCAAAUAAAUAGUCCUCUUGUACUGAAAACACAUUUGUGACUUUAAUCGUGCUGCUUGGAUGGAAAUAUUUUUACUGAUUCCUCUGUGACUUGACAGUGAACCUGUCCAUCAUGAAUGGCCUACUCUUCUAUUAUUUGUUUCCACUUGAAUUUAUCCACCAAAGAUCUCAUUUGUGUAUCAUCAAUAAAGUUGUAUGUUUCAACUGACAAAAAAAA